ACAUUGGAGCGCUCAUACCUGCUGAAGAUCAAUGGAAAGGUUGCUGAGCGGCCACAACACAUGCUGAUGAGAGUGUCUGUGGGAAUCCAUAAGGAGGACAUUGCGGCAGCUAUAGAAACCUACAACCUGCUGUCUGAGAAGUGGUUCACUCAUGCUUCUCCUACACUCUUCAACGCUGGCACCAACCGGCCACAGCUCUCCAGUUGCUUCCUGCUUGCUAUGAAGGAUGACAGUAUUGAGGGGAUCUAUGACACCCUGAAGCAGUGCGCCCUCAUUUCUAAGUCUGCGGGAGGUAUCGGGGUGGCAGUGAGCUGCAUUAGAGCCACUGGCAGCUACAUUGCAGGGACAAAUGGCAACUCAAAUGGCCUGGUUCCUAUGCUCCGUGUCUACAACAACACAGCACGCUAUGUGGACCAAGGAGGAAAUAAGAGACCAGGAGCUUUUGCCAUGUACCUGGAGCCCUGGCAUUUUGACAUUUUCGACUUCCUAGAGCUUAAAAAGAACACUGGUAAAGAGGAACAGAGAGCUAGAGAUCUGUUUUACGCCCUCUGGAUCCCUGAUCUCUUCAUGAAGCGAGUGGAGACCAAUGCGGACUGGUCUCUGAUGUGCCCCAGUGACUGUCCCGGGCUGGAUGAGUGCUGGGGAGAGGAAUUUGAGAAGCUCUACAUAAAAUAUGAGCAGGAGGGCAGAGCUAAGCGUGUGGUGAAGGCUCAGCAGCUG